AUGUUUCAAGUAACAGAAAACGACUCACCAACGGAUAAUGCUUACUCAACCUCAAAAAAAGAAUGUGAAGAGGAAAUAAAUAAGGCUGAUGAGACUUCUAAACUCCCAAAAAUAACAUCAUCAUCAUAUGUGUAUUAUGAUCCCAAUAAACUACCUAAGUCGUAUCGUGAAUAUUUAAGGCAAUCCUCCCUUCACAAAAGUAUGGAAUAUGGAAAGAAUGAGAACAAAAAAGGAGAAGAAUUAUGCUAUGAAUGUCUUGGAAAGUUACCUAUUGCAACUCUUAGUGAAACUGUAAAUGCUUCGGCGAUUUGCCUUCACGCCUGGCGGUAUGAAUUGGCAGAAGACAUCCUGUUUGAUCCCGAUUAUUGUACCGAUGAAAAUACCAACAAUGCUAGUAACACCGUUAAGAGCGCCUUGAAAUUUAGAAAAGAUGAUGGAAGCUGCAAUAAUUUACCUCAGAAUGGUGCGAAAGAUGCAGUAAAAGUGGCCUUGAAGUCUAAUUUCGUCAAACGUGUUGGUAAGCAAAUUAUCUUUUCCUCUUCCAUUCCUGAGUGGGCACUUGAAUGA